CUCGCUGACAUUGUCCGAGCCUUCUCAUUGGCUGCUUGUGGAUUCAGUUUGACCGUCAACUUCCGGGUUGAUGUCCACGAGCUGCAGAGUCUGAGAGGUUAUUUCUUUUUAGGUCGUGAUGGCGGAAGGUGCCGACGUCGUGAGCUGCGAACCUCCCGGGGAAGAGGAGCAGGGAGCCGGGGGAGAAGAUGGAGGAGAUGGAGGAGGCUCGGAGAGGGAUGGUGGAGCCGCUUUGACUGAUGCUCAGAGAGACGUGUUGGAAAGAUGUCUUCAUACUCUCAGACACGCACAAAACGACAGCCACACGUUGGCUGCUCUUCUGCUGAUCACUCGUCUGUGUCCGGCGAGCCAACUGGACAAACCCACCUUGAGACGUAUCUUCGAGGCCGUGGGACUCAACCUUCCCGCUCGGCUCUUGGUGACAGCAGUCAAAGGGCGUGAGAGCUCUGGUCUUCCCCCACAUGAACUCCUUUCAUUGGGCACAGCUCUGUUGGCCGCCUUGAGCACAGACCCAGACAUGGCCUCCCAUCCCCAGCUCCUCACCACCAUCCCGCUCCUGCUGGGCCUUUUAGCAAAUGGUCCUGUAUCCAACCAGCAGGAGGAGAAACCAGCUGGAGAGAAGGGGAAGAAUGCAGAUAGUAAAGUACAAGCAGAAGAGAGUUCAGGUCCAGAGAGUAAUCCUGCCAAAGUGGAAAAAUCAGCAGGGGAGAGAAAAGCCAGUAAACAAAAUGGUGAUGACGGCAGCAAAUCAAAUGGAGUGAAAACAGAGACACCCCCAUGUCCUCGUCUCGAUAAGGCCUUGGCUGCCGACUGCUACCAGGUUUUGACGGCAGUGUGUGCUCUACCCAGGGGUCUUGACCAGCUGCUGGGCAGAGGAGCCAUUCCUGCUCUGUGUCAGGCAGUGGAACAAAACCAGACUUUCAGCCGUGAGCAGGGGCUCCCCUUGCUCGGUUGCCUUCUCUCUGGCAGAACCAAGGACAAAGCGUGGAGUAAACACCCCGCGGAGCUCCACACCCUGCUGGAGAAGCUUUCCAAAGAUUUCUGUCAGUCCACAGAGCAGACCCGACUGGACAGGUGCUCCCAGCUGGUGCAGUUCCUGCCCCCAGUGGGAGUGGCCACAGCCAGUGAUGAGCUGAAGGGAGUCGUGAGCCGUGUGUGGGGGACUUUGAGACCCAUGAUGCAGUCGAAGUUGACACCGAGGCAGAUCAGGCCCAUCCUGGUCCUCAGUGCUUGUCUGCUGGAUUUGUAUGGGUGGGAGCAGGUGGGACCCCCGAAGACCUGCUGCUUACUGGUGAACCGGGCCUGCGUGGAGGUCAGGAUGGGACUGGAGGAGCCGCCCGGCAACGAGCUGAGCCCAGAGCUGCAGCACACACUCACAGGCUGUUACAGAAUCAUGGAGGCUGCCAUAGAGCAGGCCUGCAGUCCGGCCCUGACUCAGGGCGCUACACCUCCUCCGAGCUCCGUGUCCUCGCUCAGUCUGCAGCAGAGCCAGCAGAUCCUCACUGUCCUGCAGGAGGCCUUCUCCGCUGUGAUAUACCACCUGCAACAGGUGGAUCCGAGUCAAUACGGCGACCCAUUCAUUUUCGCCACAUUCCGCUCUCUGUGCUCAUGGCUGGCCGAGGAGACGUCCUGUCUGAAGGAGGAAGUGACCGGACUGCUGCCUUUCCUGAUCGGCUACGUCCAAAGCCACAUGCGAGGUGAGAGCCCCGAGGAGGGCCUCUCUGACUGGAUGGCCGAGAUGUCUUUCUCCGAGGAGAGGGGGCCCUGGACGGGCAGAGAACCUCUGAGGUAUCUCCUCCCAGCUCUGUGCCACCUGUCGGCAGAGGAAGGUCCCAGGAAGGUGCUGCUCACGCUCGACACCCCGGCCCUGCUGGUGGACUUUCUGACCCACAGCUGGAACGCCCUCAAGGGGAAAGGUGGGGUGGCGUCCAGCAGGGAUCCCAGCAUGGAGACGGCCUGUUCAGCUCUUCUCAACUUCACUGUCACAGAACCAGAGAGAGUCAGGAAGGAUGCAUGUUUCAGAACUCUGGAGGCUUUGCUGAGUGAAGCACUUCCUGUGUUGGUGCAUAAACCCCGCCUCCUCGUCCUUGCAGCGAAUAUGUGCACUUUGGGGCUAAUGAUUGGUCGACUCAGAUCAGCUCCUACAGGAUCAGUGGAAGCCAGCCAGAGGCGUUUUUUCUCCUCAGCACUCCGGUUCCUCCGCGGCGCCCUGGACACUGGAUCUAGCACCAAGCUGGUUCAGGUGAGCGUCAGCUGGGAGGAGAACUGGGACGAGGCCGCCGAGCUCUGGAGGCUGGGCUUGCAGGCCCUGGGAGGCUGCGUCCGUGCUCAGCCCUGGAUCACCACGCUGGUCAGAGAGGAAGGUUGGCUCAAGCACACGCUCGCCAUGCUGGGCCAGUGUAGCGCACUAGCUGACAAGCACACACAGGGGGCGCUAGAGGAAGCUCUGUGCGCCGUGGCAGAGCGGUGUCCCCUCUGUAAACAGGAGAUCGGAGAUGUGAUGAGGAAUGAAACAGGAGCUUUGAGCUGCAUGCGGAACCUGAAGAAGACGAUGCUGGUGAAGUGAAACCAAACGGCUGCCGAUGGACAAACAGUGCGUUUUCAACUUGAAACCUUGAAAAAGAAGAAGCACUACAGAAAUAUAAAAGCACAGUCAUUAAUGAAGCCCAGCUGAACUUCUGUCUGAUAAAAACCACUAAAAACACAGAAACCAUCAUUAAACAGACGUGUAUUUUGUAUUUUUGGUCAAUGUGGAUUUGCUUGUCCAUCUUUAUGUAGUUUAUGAUUAUGACGUGGACAAUGUGUCCUCUGGCUUUUCUGUGUAAAGAGAUGAAAUGACACCAAAGCUCACAAUAUUGAAAAUAGGUCAAAUUAUGUUUCCAUUUAUGUUUUUUCUGUGUAACUUUGCCCCGUCAGACUGAGACUGAAAUGCUUUUUAUCUAAACUAUUUACACCAGUGAAAAUAAUCUGAACCAUAAUCUACAACCACAUACAUGUAAAGCCUGUGGAGACAGCUGUGCCCUGGAGACAAAUGGUUUUUCUUUUCCUCCCAGGAAUUUCAAUACACACGAGCUGUUUCUUACACGUGAACCCUGAGAUGUAAAAAUACAUUUAAUAAAGAAUUAUUUUGUCAGAGAAC